CAAAGCCAUGCAUAGAAGGGAAGAAUUGCUGGGUGAUGAGAUGACGUUUCUGAGCAUGUCUAGAGCACCAAGCUUAGGCUGGGCUCCUCUCUGAAUCCCAGGGAGUCAGUUCCAAUCCAGCUCAACCGAUACAAGUAGUCUUUGACUUACGACCAGAGUUUUCCGUUUGCUAAGCGAGGCGAGGUUCUUAAGUGAGAACCGUUGCCCGGUUUUCUUUUCUUUUUAUUUAAAUUUUUUUUUUUGGCCAGGGUUGUUAAGGCGAGCCACUCCGGUUUGUUAAGUGAAUCGAGCAAGUUCUCGGGGUUAGGGUUAGGGUCAGGGGUCCCCCCCACACACCUUGUUGGAGGGAAGGAUCGAAGAAGGACAUUGCAACCGUCGUAAAUACAUAUAGGUUGCCCAAGGGUCCCGGAUGUUGAGCACCGGACUGUGGGGAAUGCCGCGACGGUCGUAAGUGCGAGGACCGGUGGUGGUUCACACAACUCUGUGCUCCUAGGAUGGUGCUUGAAGGAAGUGCUGAAGCUGUGACUUCUCAUUCGCUAACUCUGCGUCGGACCUGUGCCCAGAAUGGGCGUUAUUACCCUUCGGCGGGGGACAGCCUCCUGUUAACCAAAAAACCAGUGAAGUACGGGGAAUUGAUUGUUCUGGGGUACAAUGGCUCUCUGGCUAACGGGGACAAAGGCCGUCACCGCAGCCGGCUGGCCCUCUACAAGCGACCCAAAGCCAACGGAGUGAAACCCGAUGUCAUCCAUCAUAUCUCUACGCCACUGAUGUCCAAAGCCCUGAGCGACAGAGGUCAACAUAGCAUCUCGUACACGCUCUCCCGAAGCCAUUCGGUCAUUGUCGAAUAUACUCAAGAUGGCGAGACGGACAUGUUCCAGAUCGGCCGCUCGACGGAGAGCAUGAUCGAUUUUGUGGUGACCGAUACCACGCCGGGCACAAACUCAUCCGUGGAUGGACAGACCGCCCAAAGUACUAUAUCCCGUUUUGCCUGCCGAGUCAUCUGUGAAAGAAACCCUCCGUACACCGCCCGGAUUUACGCCGCCGGUUUCGACGCGUCCCGCAACAUUUUCCUUGGAGAGAGAGCUGCGAAAUGGAGGACACCCGACGGGCUCAUGGAUGGCUUGACCACGAACGGCGUACUUGUAAUGCACCCCAACGGCGGUUUUAGUGAAGACUCCACCCCGGGAGUCUGGCGGGAGAUCUCGGUGUGCGGGAACGUCUACGCCCUGCGGGACAGUCGCUCCGCACAGCAGCGGGGAAAGCUGGUGGAAAUGGAGUCCAACAUCCUGGAGGACGGCUCCCUCAUUGACCUCUGCGGGGCCACGCUCCUCUGGCGCACUUCGGAGGGGCUCCUGCGCACCCCAACUUUGCAACAGCUGGAGCUGCUGCGUCAAGAAGUCAACGCUGCCCGGCCCCAGUGCCCGGUGGGCUUCAGCACCCUGGCCUUCCCCAGCCUGGCCCAACGAGGUGUGGUGGAGAAACAGCAGCCUUGGGUCUACAUCAACUGUGGCCACGUCCACGGUUUUCACAACUGGGGGUUCCGUAAAGAGAAAGGGGGGCUGGAGCGCGAAUGCCCCAUGUGUCGACGGCUGGGCCCUUACGUGCCUCUCUGGCUGGGCUGCGAGGCUGGGCUGUAUCUGGACGCCGGACGCCCCACCCACGCCUUCUGCCCUUGCGGCCACGUCUGCUCCGCCAAGACUGUCCAGUAUUGGUCGCAGAUCCCGCUGCCGCACGGCACCCACGCCUUCCACGCCGCCUGCCCCUUCUGCGGCACCUGGCUGACCGGCCAGCAGGGUUUCGUCCGGCUCAUUUUCCAGGGACCCCUCGACUGAGCCGGAAAAGGGUGGGGGGACAGCAAACACGGUUCGCCCGGCGGGGGAAGACGGUUGGAGAAUAAACCACAACCUCCUGCCGGCCACCCGUGGACCGCUCAAUCUCGUCAUUUGAUUGUACUGGACUUUGCAUCUCUUCCCAUCCGAGCAUUUUUGGGGGGCGGGGGGGGCAGGGUAGGUUGGAUUCCAAUUUGGGGAAGAUGGAUUCUCCUCGGUCCGCCUCCCCGUCCUCGCCCCCCCCUUCCCCAUGACCCAGUCGUUCCCUUCCCCACCUAGAACCAGUCUCCGAGAAGCAGAGGUUCCCACAAACGGGGACUGCAUCGUUUUGGGGUCAGGGGUCUACGAAAGCCAGCCGAUUAUCUUCAAACAGGGUAUGAAUCGACAGAGGAAGCUCAACUCCAUUGCUUGGGCAUUGUAGGCGAUCUGCACGCUGCCGUUGCGAUUUCUUUAACCCAGGUUUAGGGUUGUUGUGUGAACCCAGCCUAGAUCCGUGUUUGGAUCGGUGGGGAAAGCCCAGGAGAGCUUUGCUGUUGCUAACACAGAGAUAUAUAUAUAUAUAUCCAU